AUGAUCUGGCUUCAAAACUCGACGGCCCCUCAAACUGAUUCAACUCGUCAUGCUCCUGUGGCUCAGCUUCCUUUGGCUCAUGUUCCUGCCGCCCAAGCCUCUGCUACUCCUCAUCCUCCUGUCGUGAACUCUGCCUCUGGUGAUCAACGUGGUCUCGAUGCUCUCUCUGACCGUGAACUGUGGGCUGCUGUCGCUCGUGCUUCAUCUUCCACCACCUUUUUGGAGAAGUCGUUUCGUGCAGUUCUUGAGAAACUUGCUGAUUCCAAAAACGCCCCAACAAGAAAUUGA